GGUCAGCCGCCAUGCCGUCUCCUCGUGGAUUGCAAUGUAAUCGGGUCCUAAAAGGCAGAUUUACCGAUUUGUUAUGAAAACUUGAAAUCAGCCCUGAUUAAUCGGUUGACUUCUAUUCCAUACAUGUUUCAUUUUAAAACAAAGGAGUUUAAUCUACCUGCUUAACUAUUUAUCUGUAUAUGGAAUUGUAUUUUGUUUAAAAAAAAAAAAAUUCUUAAUCUUUACAGGAAAAUGCCACGGCCCCUAUCUGAUGUGUGGAGCCAUUUCACUGCAGCUAAUGUAGAAGGAAAAGCUGUGUACAUUUGCUAAUAUUGUGACAAAUCAUGUGUGAAGAAUGCAACAAAGAUGCAGAAUCAUCUGGCCAAGUGCAUAAAGUUCCCUCAGCGCUCACAACAAGCAACCUCUGACAAAAGUCCCUCUUCUAUUCAAGGUGAAAAUUAUGAAUCAGACACCUUAUUGAUAGCAACAGCUCAUGGUCCUCCUGGAAUCAGAUUUUUUUUAACUCAAUGGAUGAACGUAGUCAGAAAUGCUGAUGAAUGUCUUGCUCGAGCUGUGUAUGCAACUGGUUCACCUCUGAUGCUCACAGGCAAUGUGUAUUAGAAGAGAUGUUCUUCGCCCAGCAUACACCCCUCAUCUACUCAUUUGCUGGAUAUAGAGUUUAAGUGAAGGUCAAGCAAAUCUUAGAGAGAGCAGACAGUAUUGCAAUCAUCUCUGAUGGGUGGUCAAAUGGUCGUUGGCAAUGAAUAAUUAACUACAUCUCCACCCCUCAACCAGACCAGCUGAAGGCAGUCAUCAAUGACCUUGGACCACAGAAGGUAUUUGCACUGGUGACAGACAAUGCAGUGAACAUGAAGGCUGCUUGGUCUAAAGUGGAGGAGUCCUACCCUCACAUCACACCCAUUGGCUGUGCUGCUCAUGUAUUGAAUGUGCUCCUCAAGGACAUCAUGGCACUGAAAACAAUGGAUACACCCUACAAGAGAGCCAAGGAAAUGGUUAGGUAUAUGAAGUGUCAUCAAGUUAUAGCAGCAUUCUACCUCACCAAGCAAAGUGAGGGGGCGGCAGGUAGCCUAGUGGUUAGAGCCUUGGACUAAUAACCGAAAGGUUGCAGGAUCGAAUCCCUGAGCUGACAAGGUAAAAAUCUGUUGUUCUGCCCCUGGACAAGGCAGUUAACCCACUGUUCCUAGGCCAUCAUUGUAAAUAAUAGUUAUUAACUGACUUGCCUAGUUAAAUAAGAUAAAAAGUGAGAAGAUAAGAUUACCACAUUGAAGCUGCCCAGCAACACCUUUUGGGGUGGUGUUGUCAUCAUGUUUGACAGUCUCCUGGAGGGUAACGAGUCUCUCCAAGAAAUGGCCAUAUCACAGUCUGCUGAUAUGGACAGCCCCAUCAAGAGGAUCCUCCUGAAACCUAUAGAAGUAGCCAUUGCAUGGAUUGAGGGAGACAAUGCCAUCCUGUCUGAUGUUUAGAUUUAAGAGAAGAAAUCUGUACUGCCCUUCACUGUUGCUCCAAGCAGAGGAAACUGCAGUUCUGAAAUACAUCAAAAACAUGAAGACUUCUGCCUGAAGCCCAUAAAAGCUGCAGUAUACAUAUUGGACCCAAUGCUGGCAAGAGCAUCCUGUCUGGUGCAGAGAUCAACAAGGCCUAUGGUGUCAUCACUACCGUGUAUUGCCGCCUGGAUGAGGGCAAGGUUCUUGGCAGUCUGGCAAAGUACACUUCCAAGCAAAGGCUUUGGGAUGGAGAUGCAAUAUGGCAGUCAUGCCAACAUACCUCAUCAGCCACUUGGUGGAAGGGACUUUGUGGAUCUGAGGCUUUUUUCCCUGUUGCCUCCAUCCUCCAAAUCCCACCAACAUCAGCCGCCUCAGAGCACAACUGGCCCUUGUUUGCGAACACACACACCAAAACACGCAACAGGCUGACCAAUACAAAAUGGAAAGUGACAGUGAAGAUGAGGCCUCAGAGUCUGAUGGUCAAGAGGUGGACAUUGAGGUCCAGGGAGAAGACAUGUGAAGCUUGAGAGGAAGACAACCAAAGCUUUAGUUUCUAGACAUCAUUUUACAGAUGUAUGUUGAAAACGUUUUGGGAGAUGCGAUGGAUCAUUGGGGAUCAUUCAAUCUUCCCUUUUCAUCGUUCAGUGAAAUCAUCCCAUAUAAUUUUAUUAAAGUUCAAUUUCGUAACUAAAAUGAUUUGUAUUUUUUUAUAUUGGAAGGAUUUAAUCAUCAUUUGCAAAUUUGUCUACUUAUGAUAAGGUAAAAUGUUUGUUUUUGUCUCCAUAUGAUAUGGUAAAUCUAUCCAAAGUAAAAAGCAUUUCAAUUGUGUUAAUAUUUGCAUAUAUUUCCGUUAUUUCCCAUAUAUUCCCCAAAAUGUGAAAUCCUAGGGGUGAGACACACUUUGCUACGGGGUUCUGGGGGCAUGCCCCCAGACUUUUUUGAGAAAAGUAUACAGGCAACAGAGAAUUUUUUUGUUUUUUUGUUAAUUUACUGCAAUUCUACUAAUCUUGCCAUAUGGCAUAGAGAACAAUUUGCAGUUUUACAGCUAAUUUCCUUAAAUUCUACACAUUUUGCCAUAGGGUGGUGAGAAAUGUGUGCAAUGUUUUUGGUUAUGGUAUUGAGUGACAGUGAAUAACAAAAUCAAUGGUGGCUCCCCAGUCGGUAAUUUAACCAUGAUUACCACAAGUUUAGAUUGGUAAAUUAGUCAAGCCAGCUAAAACAUGGGCUAAUUGACUGACAUAACAAUAUUUAUUUAAUUUUUAAUUGCACCUAUUCUACUUUUCUAAUUCUCAGUAAAUUUAGACCCUGACUUUUAAACUGCGCACCCAUAAUCCAAUGUUAUUUAAAGCUUUUACUACCUACUUGUGCUUGUCCUGAUUGUUAGAGUUGUCAGUUGGAUUUGGAAUCUAUAGUUUUUUAGAUGUUUAAAUUUUUUGUGUCCCUUGCUAAAAAGAAAGCAUCGUUGCAGCUCUUUCUCCAUUAAGAAACAAAGCCUCCCUUGGCAGAGGUCGGGUAAAACUCUAAAAAUAAACAUACAGAUUUCAGCACCCAAAGAAAAGCUUGCAGCUAUACGGCAAACAUAGGUACAAAGAAAUAAUUAAAGAAUGGACAUUUUCAAGUAUAGAUUCUAACCGACUCGAUGUCGUUGGUGGACACUCAUCGCAACUCAAAUUUCUGCCACUUAUAACUAAUUUCUUGCAUUUCAACAUUUUUUUAAAUGACCCAUUGCCCUUCUAACCAUAAUAUUUUUUUAAAGAAUGGCACCAUGUUCAAAAGUUGUGGCUAAAUCACUGUUGGCUCAAGUUGAACAGUUUUAUACCCUCAGCAUAUGAUCAAAUGAUGUGCUCAACAGGAGUUGCAUAGGCCUUUAUCUGAAGGAGUUAUUGGCUAAUUCAUGUUAUUUUUAGGCUGCAUUUUGUGAUGACGUUGAUCUAUCAGGUUUGACAAGCACCUUUAUUAGGGCUCUGAUUGAUAACCACUUUGUAGGGAUGGUGAGAUCCAGAGGCAGAUGUUGCAGACCUUUACAGUGCAAUCCUCUGAAUACUGAGAUGUUCACCAUCAUAGAACUGAUUCUGUUUUUUGAACUUUCUGACCUCCAGCAGCGUACUCUCUCUGUAUCUGAAGAGGAGGUUCCCCCUGAGCAGCAGCAGUGUGAGCAGGAGUGGAGCCCCAGUCUGGGACCGGAGGACACAGAGCCCACACAGAUUAAAGAGGAAGAGGAGGAAUUCAGGACCACUCAGGAGGAAGAGCAGAGUCAUGGGUUUGAGACUGAUACUAAAGACUCCAUAUUCACUGCUGGCUGUGUGAAAAAUGACUGUGAUGAGGACCCAACUCAUCCCUCACGUCUCUAUCAAGCCCAAAAGGAAGGAAAUGGCAAGAGAGACCAUAUAACUGAACAGAUCACAACACAACCUGAUGGAGAGGACUACAUAGAAUCAGAACCAAUCAGUGUCUCCCAGCCCCUCUCUGCAGUAAAUCCAGAUGCAGCUCAGAGUGAAAACAUUGAAAGUGUAGGUGGUAUGGAGACUGGAGGACCUCUGUCAGGUUUUAAGCCAGUCAUAUCAAAGAGAUCAGAGAUGGCAAAAGGACAAAGGUCCCAUAUCAAUACUAAGGGUAAGACAUCGACACAAUUCUCCCUCCUGAAAUCACCCAGUCAAAGUCAUGCUACUUCCUAUUGUUCCUGCGCUGUUUGUGGUACAUGCUUCAACCAGAAUGAAGAUCUGAAAAGACACAUGAGGAGCCACACAGGAGAGAAUCCAUAUUAUUGUCAUGAUUGUGGCAAAACAUUCAUUCGGAGUGGACAUCUAAAAAUACAUAUGCGGAUUCACACAGGGGAGAAACCUUUUAAUUGUCGUCAUUGUGGCCAAGGAUUCAACCAGAAUGGAAAUCUAAAAAGACACAUGAGGAUUCACACAGGAGAGAAACCAUAUCACUGUCAUUUUUGUGGCAAAGGAUUCUGCAACAGCAGUAAUCUGAAAAAACACAUAAGGAUUCACACAGGUGCAGGGUUUGGGUCAAUUCCAAUUUAGUUAGAAAUUCCAAUUCUUGAAUUCACUCAAGAAGUGGAGAAUUUAAAUUGAAUUCAAAUUUCAACAAUCUUUAAGUUACGGAAUUGGAAUUAGACUGAGUUGGAAUUGUAAAAACAUUUCAUCUUUGGAAUUAAAUGAAAAUGUAUGGAAUUUAUGCACUUAGAAUUUUUCUAUUGCAGGAUUCGUUUUAAAUCAUUUCAACUUGUAAUUAUAUAUUUACACUAUAGCUAAGCGGUCUGAACACUGACAUGAUCAGCCAGAAAGAAGCCUGAAUGAAUUUGUGGAAUUGGGGAUAAUAUUCAAUUGGGAAUUGAGUUCCUGGAAUUUACCAAACAUUGGAAUUGGGACGAAUUUAAUUACUGAUCUGGAAUUUGAAUUUACAGGGAGAGGGAAUUGAAUUAGAACUGAAUUUGUGGAAUUAACCCCAACCCUAUACGGGGGGAGAGAAGCCAUUUCACUGCCCUGAUUGUGUCAAAACACUAAUGUUACAACUCGAUCAACAAAUUAAUUCACACAGAGGAGAAAUAAGACUUACUGCCCUAACUGUGGCACAGGCUUCAAUCCGAUUGACCAUCAAAAGAUACACAAGGACUCACACGGGAGAAAUGAUAUCAUUGCCGUGUUGAUGACUGAUAUUUCAGGAAUGACACAAAUCCAAAAAGUACUCACAUGGGAGAAACAAUUAAGAUGCAAUGAUUGAUAUGCUUAAGUGGGUCCAUUCAUAUAAAUGAACCUUGUGAAACCUUGUAUUUUUUCUUCAUCCAGGGAUGGUGUGUUUUAUUCACAACAUAAUAAAUGUUUAACCUUGUUCAUUGAA